GCAUCGGCUUGUGUUCACUUGUAUUCAUUUCUUUGUGGAUCAGUAGCAAACAAACACUUUUCAUAUUGAAGCACCAAUCAGAUUCAGAGGCAUCUGUAUAUUCAUCUUCAUCUAAAAUGAUGGAAACAUCAUCCCCGAACAACAAAAGAUUGAUAGGGGAGCUGAUUAGAGGCAGAGAUUCUACAAAAGAACUUCAGAAUCUACUUCGCCGGAAAACCAAAGACGAUGGAUCGGUUUCAGCUGAAGAUCUCGUGAUGAAAAUACUCGGAUCUUUCUCCGACAGCCUCUCGGUGUUAGCUUCUUGCAGUUCCGGCGACUCAUAUCCGGUUUCAGCGACUACUACCUACGUGGGUUCAGCUAGUUCCGGUGACCGGACAUUGGACUCAGGCGAAAGUGAGAAGAAGCCGGCGCCGGUUGUCAAGGACCGGCGAGGCUGUUACAAAAGACGAAAAACGGAAAAUUCAAGGGUUAAAGUCGUGGAUACGAUCGAAGAUGGUUUUGCAUGGAGGAAAUAUGGUCAGAAGGAGAUCCUCAAUGCUAAAGCUCCCAGGUGUUAUUUCAGAUGUACACACAAAAAUGAAGGGUGCAAGGCAUUAAAACAAGUUCAAAAAUUGGAAGAUGGAUCACAAAUGUUUCAUAUCACAUAUUUUGGGUAUCACACAUGCCAAAAUGUGCACAAAAACACACACAUGUUCUCAGACUCAGGGGCUCUCAGCUUCUUUCUACAUAACUUUGAGGACACCAAACUCAACAAUUCACCAAGUAGUCCCUCAACUAUUACAAAUGUGCAGAAUACCCCCUUAAUGGAGCAAGAAGAUGAUUCAAAUGCACAGAGUGAUGAUCAUAUAACAUUCAAUACUAAUCAUGACCAAUCAUCCAUACCCAUGUGGAAGGACAUGAUUGGUGACUUGGAAUCAUCUCAUGAUGAAUUUUUCAACAAUGGAGGUUAUUUAAGUGGUGGUUUUAAGUUCGAAGAAAAUGUAUUUUUAUAAGUUUAGUUACGAAAAGGUGACAGGUGUCAUUUGAUAUGGGUUUGUUUGAACGAGUGAGCUCGUUUCAAGUAGGCUAGAGGUCCCUUAUUAAGCUAUAGGGGCUGAUUGGUAGAUGAUAAGGUGCAGAGUGGACCAUAGUCCCACAAUAUGAUAACUCAUUAGUGUCGGUGAAUAUAGUCAUGUAAUUGUAUUGUAUAUUGUAGUACAAUAAAUGCACCUUUUUAUCAUCAUAUAAUUGUGUGCAAGUAUGGGA